AUGGCAGCUAAAGGUUCAAGCUUUCAAAUCACAGCAACACCGGUCACACUGUUUGCUCAUUUGUUACUCAUAGCAGUGACCACUCUUGUGCUUGUUUGGCUUCUACAUUUUCAAGGCGGCCUCGCCUUCAAAUCCGGCGACAAUGACAAGAUUUUCAAUUUGCACCCGUUUUUAAUGAUAGUUGGCUUUAUCAUGAUUGCAGGAGAAGCUAUCAUGUCAUACAAGACAGUCCCAGGAACAAAAAGAACACAGAAACUGGUUCACCUGAUAUUGCAUUUUAUCGCUCUUGGGGCUGGAAUUUUCGGGGUUUAUAUAGCUUUCAGGUAUCACGACAAGGAAUCCAUACCAGACAUGGACACCCUGCAUUCCUGGCUGGGGUUGAGCACCAUCUGCUUAUUUGGUUUGCAGUGGGUGUUUGCAUUCUUCUCUUUCUGGUUCCCGGGUGCAGAAAUGCCUACAAGGGGUAGGCUCAUGCCAUGGCACUGGUUUGCUGGCAUGGUCAUCUUUCUCAUGGCCAUAUUGACUGCGGAGACGGGUUUGGUUCAGAGAUUCAAGGAUUUGGAGCUCAAGCCCGGCCAAGAAGCACUUAUAGUGAACUUCACCGGCCUGUUGAUCCUCCUAUUCGCCAUUGCUGUUAGUCUCAGUGUUAUCCUACCGCGGGGUUAUUAA